GAAUGCUGGUGAAUGAAUGGUCGACGAAUGUUCAGUUGACUAAAUUGAGACGUGAAAUGAUGAUCGAUUGCAGUCGACAGUCGACGGAUGAUCUGACUAGAGAUCGACGGUUGGCGAUGGUUGUUAACCAAUCUUUUCCAUAAACCAUCAUAAUAAUAGCUAUUUUUAUAUAGCGCUUUUCCCAUAACAGCCCAAAGUGCUUUACAGCAUAUUAUUACCCCGGUCAUCGGAUCCUUGCUUGCCCGCAUACAAUAUAUGCAACUUCUCCACUCUCUGGGGAGCAUUCCAACAAGAGUUCCAAGAGUCAAUAGCUACGCAUACUACCCGGGCUUUCGCAUCCUACCUGGUACCCAUUUAGCACCUGGGUCGAGAGCAACGGUCAUAUAUUUAGCCAAAACCAACGUAAUUGACGGUCAGGCACGGAGGCAUCCUGACAAGAAAACCCUGUCAGCUGGAAGUUGGACUCGAGGCCGUCAUGGUACAAACGCCACGGCGGCUAUUCCACCCUGUCAAAAAACCUGUGCUGACUUCUUGUCUGAGCCUACUUUGGAAAGUCUAUUUUUUUGCCUACAAGUGAGGAAGAGUUGACUGAUGUGGAACGAGGUGAGGAACUCGAUAUGGCUUUUGACAUCUGUGUGGUGGGAGCAGGAAUGGUGGGUUCAGCUGCAGCCAAGUGGCUUGCAAUGGAUGGUACGAAAAAUGUUUGCUUGAUCGGACCACAGGAACCAACUGAAGAAGAGGACAGAAAAGGUGAGCGUCAGAUUUUUGGAUGUCAUUAUGAUGAGGGUCGUAUAACAAGAGAGAUUGACCGUGAUUAUGUGUGGGGUCUCCUAGCUAAGAGAUCUAUUCAACGAUACAGAGACAUUGAAAAUGAGAGCGACAUUAAUUUCUACAAUGAAGUUGGAUGUGUAUUCAUUGAAAAGACUGUUUCCCAAGAAUUUGAUGAUUAUCUUAACACUGCAAGGAAGCUGGAGGCAUAUAUUGAAACUUACGAUGCAUCAGAAUUCCACACCAGGUACCCUUAUCUCAAGAUCUCCCCAGACUGCCGAUGCAUCUGGGCUCCCCAAAACACUGGCCACAUUAGUCCACGGAAGUUGGUGGCUGCCCAGCAGAAGAUAGCCAGGUCACAUGGUUGUGACAUCAUCAAUGAGGUCGUAGUCGACAUCAUGGAGGAAUCUGAAGACGGAGGUAAAAAUCUUGUCAGGAUCUCAACUGAAAGCGGCAGAGAAGUGCUGACCAGACGAGUUCUCCUCUGCACAGGAUGUUUCAGUAAUUUUCAUCACCUCCUACCAGAUGAGAAGAAGCUUGAUCUGUUAUUGUGCAAAGCUGUUGUGGUGAAAGCAGAGGUCACAAAAGAAGAUGCCAUGAAAAUUGCGGACAUGCCUACCUUCUGGCUGGGGCAUGAACAUGCCUACAUUUUGCCUCCUAUUCUUUAUCCAGAUGGGAAGUACUUCAUCAAGAUUGGUUUGAGUUGCUCUCCCUCUGACAGCCUUCAAGGUCUUGACAAAGCCGCCCAAUGGUUUUACAGCAAAGGAAAGGAACACCCUGCUGUAAAAGACACAAAAGAUUCACUUCAAAGAUUCAUGCCAGACCUGAAGCCUGUCUCGCUGAUCACAGAUAGCUGUAUAACAACAUCAACACCAACAAAGCAGCUGUACUGUGACAUGCUUACUGCUCAUACCGGGAUCUUGGUGGGGAUGAAUGGCUGGGGAGCGAAGUCUAGUGAUGAGAUCGGUCGGAUGGGUGCAUCUAUGAUUGGCAAAGGAUCAUGGGAUUACGACCUUCCUCACUUUGCUGCAGAAAAUUUUAAGGUUCGGUUUAAGGAGGACAGCAAGAAAGAUAUAAUUUAAUGUACCAUAAUUUUAAUACUACAUGCUGCUUGUAAGGAGUGGCAUGUAAACUGAGGAAUGGAUUAUCAGACCACUGGAUUAUCUUAAUUUAAAAGCAAAAUAAUGUUCCUUGAAAAUUCAAUUAUACCUUAUUACCUUUGAUAUGACACUUCAAUCAAGAAAAAUGAAGAAGGAAUAACAAAUGCAUCGGGUUCCCAGCCAAUCAGGGAUAUCAGGGAAAAAUAUUUUGCUUUUUUCUAGUCAUGAAAAAAUCAGGAAAUUUGAUUUUAAAAAAUACCUCAGAUCAGGGGAAAAUGCCUCAAAUGAGGGAAAAAUCAGGGAAUUUUUAUCAGCCCAAAAGUCGAAGCACGGUAGUCAGUCAGCCUAAAAUCAGGGAAUUGUGUUUUCUUGAAAAGCUGGGAACCCUGCUUUGUCCACUUUAUUUGAGGUUACUGCAAGUCAUAUCAAUUUUAUGACAUUAUAAUAAUGUCAUAAAAUUGAUAUGACCUUCAGUAACAUCAAAUAAGGUGGACAAAAUACUUGUUACAAGGGGUUCAUCAACGAAACUUCUUUGUUUCUUAAGAUUAUGGAAUGCAAGCAUUGUAUCAAUUUUAUCAAUACAAGGUGUGCUUUAUCAUUCCUACAUCAUUUAAUUGAACAAGGUAUUGCUUACAAAAGGGCAGAAAAUGAACUCCUUUUUACAAAUGUGAUUUUCCUGUGAAAUUAAUGAAAUACCACCUGCCAUAAUUAAUGAUUUUUUUUGUACACUAUGAUCAAUACUGUUAUUACUAAUUCAUGAUGUAUAUGUUGCUUCAAUAAAAGGGGAAUAUUUUAUUUUUUACUUGUAAGGACAUUUCUCAAUUACUUGUAUAAUGCAUACAUGUGUAUAUCUUCAUAAGUGGAGUAAGAUGAGAAGAUCAGAUAAUUUGUGUAAUACCUAUUGUAAGCAAUUACAUAUGAAAUAUUGUAAUUAAGGUAUAGUAAAAAGGAAUGAAAUGAGAAUAUAAUUAUGCCCCAAUGUCCAUUGAACAAGUCAAGCUUGCCAUGAAAAAAAGAUACAGAUCUAAUAUUUUUUAUUAAGAUAUCAAUCUAUAAGAUGAUAAAUGUAUAUAGAACAAUAUAUGCAGAUUUUGAUAAUUAAGGUAUAUAUUUUAUGGCACAUUUUAUUGUAUAUACAUGUAUAAUCUGACAACAAAAAAACAUGCAGUCUGUGUUGUGUUAAAAGUGCUCAACCAAUCAUUUAGAUUAGAGUUCAGUGAAUUCAGUGAAUUUGAAUGUUCGAAACCCGGACAAGGUUACAAACUGUCUUAAAGUUUUUUUUAAUAUCUUGAGAUAGGUAUCUAAUCUUUAUAAUCUUUAUGUAUCAAGCCCUAGCUUUUAUAUAAUUCAAUUCCGCUUUAUUUCCUUUUUCCCCUUUAUUUCCUUAAUCUCCCCUAACCACAUUGAGCCAUUAUUCUCCUUCUAAAGCUCAGUAGGUUUGUAUCUCAACAACAUCAUAAUUACUAUUUUUAAAGUUUGAAUGCAUUCUUGGAUGAAAUUUAAAAAUGAUGUAUUUGAAAAGACAUAUUGCUUGAAGAGUGAUAUUGAACAACUAAGACAGACAUGCAUAAUGAGAAUCAAUAUAUAUCUUCAAUCAAAAUAUCUUAAUUUGGUACUGGUUUUAUAGUUUUAAGUUGAGUAACUGUGGAAGAUUGUUUGAAUUAUUAGGCCUAUAUAAAGGGCAGUGUCAUAUUGGACUCCCAACCACCAGAAGAAAAUUGGAUUGAAUAACAUUAUUAACCAUGUCUAUUACAAAAUUAAUUAUCUGUCAAAAUAUUUAUGCCUAUUUUUGCUCAUAAUGAGAACCUAUAUCAACUUUUAUGAAAUUAUUCACCACAAAAUGACAGGAUAAUUCAAAUUUUCAUAUUUUUAAAAUUAAUUCAUGGUGAUUUAACAUUUACUAAAUUAAUUGAAUGUAAUACUAAUAGUAUUAAUACUCAAAUAAUCACUCUUGUUUGCCUCGUCACCUGAAAUCAAGAGGCGAUUAUAUGCUUUAUAUUCCACAUGAGGAACCACUAUAAUGAAGAAACCGAUAUUCAUACAUCUCUACAAGAAAAAGUUUGAUUUAAAAAAAAUCAAGGUUUAAUUGAUAGAUAGAGAAAAUAAACCUGUUAUCACUUGACUGACUUCUGACCAAUCCUCUAUAGCAAGAUUCUUAGUAUGCGGAAUAUAAUUCAAUAUAUUUUAUUUCAUGGAAUAUGUAACAAACAAUAUCAAUUCAUUGAUUUUCUUUGUACAUGUAACAAAAAGUUGGUUUUGAAAUGUUUUGUGUAUUAUGCUAAGCGUAACAUAUGCCUAUAUGCUGCAUGCUUUGUGAUAAUUUUCUAUGAAACUGAUUGAAUGUGAAAUAAACUGAAAUAGAGUAAUGUUGCAAUA